GUGAUUCCACAAUCAGAGUUUCGAGAGAGUGAAACGAAAACGCGAGUGGAUCGGAUCGAAUCGGAUCCUUAAUUUAAUCGGUUGAUCGCAAAUGGUGGGACGCGAGGCAAGGUGAUCGAUUGAAUCGCAAGUGGUAUGCACGCACGGAAAAGUGCAACGAUCCUACGUGACCAUCGACCUCCUGUAUUGAAGUUCGCAUGACACGGCACGUUUCGAAUUAUCAUUUUGCUCUUCCUCGACACGGUACGUCCGUUGUCGCCGUCCGAGUUCGCCGAGACGCGAGGCUUGAAUUAAAAAUAGUCGGUGCAAAAAAACAUCUUCGACGAUAGAUAGUUUUUUCCAUAAAACUGGUUGGAGAGACUUAGAUUUUUAGAUGGAAUUAAAUUCAAUUAUUCGACGGUAAUAUUCGUCAUUCGAAUAUUUUCCGGAUAAUUCAUAAGUGUCUUCACCUGUCGUAUCGUUACAGUUCGUUAGCGUUGGAAAUUGCCGAGUAGCAUUCAUAACAAUGAUUCAACUAUGCCAACAAGUUAGUCAGAGAUCAGUUGUUCGAUCAACCGUGGACGAUAAUGAUACACGCGUUGUCGUUCACCUCUGUGGGAAAUUUCUAAAAUUUCUAAAAUCUACUAAUCUACGAAUUUACAGUCGUUAAGCCUUAUCUAAUCCAUUUAUCGAUAUAUUCGAGAGAAUUUUUCUAAUCGUCGUGCCGAUCGUAAUUACGACGCAUUCCGACGAAUUAACUUGGAAAUAUUUGCGGGAGAUCUGGCCGCCUCCCACGAAGAGGCCUCCAACGACACGUGUCUUCUUCCACGCGCGGUGAAUAUACGAGAUGAAUAAAACGGAACUGAACAUCGUGUUAAGCGGCGAGCAGGCGAGGACAUCCUCGAGCGUAAUUCACUCACACAUUCCCGUGCCGAGGAUAUCGAAUGCGAUUAAAGCUCAAGAAAGGUGUCCCCCGUCCCGUAGAGGGUCCUUCGAGAAGCUGUCCCGGGGAGUGUCGGUCGCCGCUCAAAGGGCGUCCUUCGAGAAGCUCGACGCCUCGGUUCAGCAGCAACGGUGGAGGAACAAUAAUUUGUCGAGCUCGAGUAUCGAGAUGCGAAACUCGGCUGAGAAACUCUCGUCCCAGGCCGGUGUUAACAGCAAGACGAACGAGACGGUCGGUGCCGUGAAAUUGAGCAGGAGCAAUAGCCUGGAGAGCAAGUGGAGGAACAAAUACGAGGAGUCGGAGAAGAGGAGGAAAUUGUUGCUGCAGAAGAGCGAGGCCGCAAGCAAGGAAUAUGCCGAUUUGGAGAAAAAGUAUCAACAAUUGCAGAGACAGAAUGGCAGCUUGCAGUCGCAAGUGCAGGAGAAAGAGCAGAAACUUCAGAAAUUACGAACAGUGUCUGAAGCGGUGUGCAAAGAGUACGAGCAAUUGAAGCAUCAAUAUGACGUUGAAACUGGUGCUAUGCAUAAAGCUAUGCAACAAGCGUCACAGUGGUAUAGGCAGAAUCGCGAGUUGAAAAGAAGAUCGCAGAUUAUAACGCAGAAAUUCUUGCAAACAAAUCCGGAAGAUUCGUUAGAUCUUGAGUUAUCGGAUGAAGUUGACUCGAAUUUCGAAGAUUUCGAUCAGUUGAGAGAAACGGUGAAAGAAUUAAGUAAAGAGAUAGCAAGGCUUCAGACAGAAUUGCAUUCCGCUCGUCUUCAAGAAUUUGAAGCUCAAGAACAGGUUACGCAUUUGACCACGCAGUUGGACGAGGAAAGAACUCUCAGGCAAAAAUGUGAAGAGAAAGUAAACGAGAUGAAAGUUCAAAAGGACAACAUGGAAAGGGUAACAAAGAUGGUCGCGGAGGAGGUACAAGCAUUGAAGGCGCAAUGCGAUCGUGAGAGGGAGAACGCGAAAAUUAUGAAGAUAGAGGCAGAAAGGGUGCAAAAGGAAAGAAAUGUUCUGGCCCAUCAGAGCGCACUUCUGAUGGCGGAAGUUGGCGACGAUCCCAAUGGAAGAUUAUUAACCGUUCUUCAAGAAGUGGAAUCAUUGAAAAGAUUAUUGGAGGAGGAGCAACAGAAUCAUGCCUCUCAAAUACAAAUGUUAGAAGAGAAAUUGGAGGAGAAAGAAUCUAACGUCGAAUUCGAAAUAGUGGAGGAAAAGUUAAAGCUGGCCGAGUCGGAGCUGGAAGUUGUGACGCAGAGGGCAGAGAGGGCAGAGAAGUCGGUGGAAACUCUGGAAGGAGUGGUUCAAACUUUGAAGGCAAAAAUCAGUGAACUGGAAGAGAAACUUUCCAGGCCACCGCCACCCCCCUUGCCCCCACCUCCCCCACCACCAAUGUUCAACAACAGUGGACAAUCGUCGAUUAAGUUGCUGACGAAAGAAAAAAUGAAUUCGGAACGAAACGCGGUGACCGAUAUGGAAAAUAUGCUUGGAAUUACGAAAAAAACACCAACAGUUGCGCAACAACCUGCUAUCGAUGAUAUUAUUAAUCAAAUAAAAGGUGGACGGUUCACGUUGAAGCAAACGGAUAAGCAAAGAGAAGAGGAAAGAAGAAGACGACAAGAAGCGGAAAGUGCGCCACCAGCAGUUUCAGAAAUGUUAAAUAUUUUGGGCACCAUGAGACGAAGAGCUAAGCCAAUAAAGCAAUUAUUGAAAGAUUCACCGACAUAA